AUGGCUGAGUCUUCCCCUUGCCUCUUUCGAUCGUUCUCCGUUCCCUCUGACACUAGUUGCGCCCCACACGAGGGUAACCCUCUUCGUGCUCUUGGAGAAUCUAUCUCUUUUGGGAGGUAUAUGUCCGAAAGCUUGAAUUGGGAGAAAUGGUCGGUAUUCACGCAAAACCGGUAUGUUGAGGAAGCUGAAAAAUAUUCAAAACCAGGUUCUGUUGCUGCUAAAAAAGCUUACUUUGAGGCUCAUUAUAAGAGAAAGGCAGCUGAGAAGGCGGCUGCAUUGGGCGAAGAAGCAAAUAGAACUUUUGAUUCGGAAAGUUUUGAAAGAAACUGCACUGAUGUGUCUGCUCAGAGAACGUCGGAAGCUGACAGCGUUGUGACGGCCAAUGAUGAGAUAAGUAAAGAUAUUGUCGACUACCAAGUUGUUGAUUGUGAUGUUAGAAACGAAUGUAAAUGGGAUGGCGGGGAAACUGAUUUGGAGAUAAAGUCGGAAGCCGACAGCAUUGAGAUAACCAAUAUAGAGAUAGAUAAAGAGACUAUUGUUUACCAAGUUGUUGAUCGUGAUGAUACAAACCAAUGUAAAUGGGAUGGCGGAGAAAAUGAUUUGGAAAUAAAGUCAGAAGCCGACAGCAUUGAGAUAACCGAUAUAGAAAUAAAUGAAGAUACCGUCGAUUACCAUGUUGUUGUUUGUGAUGAUACAAACCAAUGUAAACGGGAUGACGGAGAAAAUGAUUUAGACAUUUCUGAGGUGGAAGUAGCAGAGAAAGUCCUAUAUCCUUGCAAUGAUAUGAAUCUUAAUGUAGAAAGUUGCGUGCUUGUGGAUAAUUCUAAUCAGCUUGAUCAUGUUGAAGUCCAUAAGAAUACUGUCACCUCCAUUGAAGAGAAGGCGCCUGAUCCUGGCAUUACUGUUCAGGAAGUUUUGGCUUUGCCUGUCAAGGGAAGAGAAAUAAAUUCUUCUCCAAAAUCAUUGGCCAAAACUAGGGCUGAAAAACUGCCUCCGUCCCGUGAGCAAAGGAAAUCUUCUGCUUCUGUAUCAUCACGUAGAAUUGGAAUAAUCAGUGGUUUGAAAUGUGAUAACUCUAUUGGAGGCCUAGUCGAGACGAAGAGACUAACCGCACAGUCACUCCACACAUCAAUCAGUCUUCCUUCUGGCAUUGGUGAAACAAGCAAAACAACUGAUGCAGCUUUACGAUCAAGAAAUGCCACAAACAGGUUUUUACCAAGUAAGAAUUCUGUUGGAAGCUUAGUUGAGAAUAAGAGGUUGGCUACAUCGUCACUUCACAUGUCGGUCAGUGUUCCAUCCGGCACUGGUGUAGCAAGUAAAACCACUACUACUGCAUCAGUUAAACCCAGAAACGGAACUAACAUUGUUGCAAAAAGUUUGAAGUCUAUUGGAGUCUCAAUGGAGAAGAGACUAACUUCAAGGUCACUCCACAUGUCUAUCAAUCUCUCUUCUGGUGCUGGCGAGACAACACGAACAGCAACACAGGCAUCUCACGAUUUGUUAAAUCAAGCUCCAACAAAUCUUCCUUCUCAAGGCAGAAGCUGCCUGAAAUCUUCAAGCACCGCCCAAAGCAAUCCCCGACUCCCUACCAAAUCAUUGCCCUUUAGAUUCAGAAGUGAAGAAAGAGCAAUAAAACGCAAAGAAAGGAUGGAAGAAACUAAAUCCAAGGAAGAAGAGAAAGUUCAAAUACAAAGGAAAGCAACUUCUAGUUCUAGCACAAUAAAAAAUUUGGGAAAAUCACGGAAGCCUACAAUCAGCACCAAUAAUCCCAAACGUAUUACAGAGAUAAAUAACCGAACAAGGCAAUCAGGAACUUCAUUAUCAAAUACCUCAUGGGAAAAUGCUUCUCCAAAUAUUCAGCAUUGA